AUGGCGUACGGUGGUCCUUUGGAUGCACAUGGCCAAGCAAGGCUACAGGCGGAGCUUGCUGCCGCAUUGGAACGCGCAGAUAGAGCAGAGGUCCAAUUGCGUACUGCUACUGAUGAAUCGUCGCGGUUAUCAGAUCGUAUCGAGCUGCUACAGCAAGAGCUGGCAGAUGCUAAGCGUGACCUUGCUAAGAGUCGAGAAGAAACAGUUGCAGUGACUGCCUUAGCUGCAACACAUGGAGCAAGAGCAGGCAAGCGUUCUGUUGAACUGGAUCGUGAGGCCACUGCCUUGCGUGAGAAACUGUACCACAUUGAGAUGGAUAUCUCGGCCAUGACCGCCGAGCGCGACGGCCUCCAGUCUGAGCUGGCAGGAGCGCAUAUCAACCUUGAUGAUAUGGCUUCGGCUCGUAACCAGCUGGCAAACCAGCUAGAAGACGCUGCCAAGCAACUUGCCCGCAGCUCAGCCGCCGCCGCCGCUGCUGAAGACCGCCAUAAGGCUGAAAUGCAGCAAUUGCAGCUCCGCUUGGCCACAUUAGAAGCGGAGUUCCGCGCAAUCAACCAUGCCAAGGGAACAAUACACGAGGACCUACAGCGCGCCAGAGGGGAUGCCUUGGCAUUGCAGGCACAGCUACAAGAGGAGUCCCGGCAAAGGGAGGAGCAGGUUAGCGAGUGCCGUCGGCUGCAGCGUGAGCUUGAUGUGGGAGCGGAUGCGUUGGCGCAGGCGCAGCGCUCACAGCGCAGCGCAAUAGCCAAGUCCGACGAGCUCGAGGUCGAACUAGAACGCCUACAUGCCGCCUAUAGUGCAUUGGAGGCGGAUUUGCAGACUGCCAAAGAGCGUGUCGAAAAGAUGCAGGAUGAGGUCCGGCUCACAGCUGAGCGUAACACGGAGCUUGCGGGCCAAGUGCAUAGCUUAACCGCGAGCUUGCGACAUUUAGAAGUCGAGAAUGCGCGCCUGACGGACGGUCAUGCGAUGUUGAAGGUGGAGAUUGAGGCUCGCGCGGCCGAGGCCAGAGCAGCGCGGGGUGAAGCCGCCGAGCUGGCCGCGGACAGGGCACGUUUGCUGGCUGAGAUGCAGCAAAGGCAUGCCGCUGCCGGUGCCGAGAACGAGGUGAGCCAGCUGCGAGAGGCACUGACUGCAUCCCGGCUGGACGUAGCUCAGCUUCAGAAGGAGCUGGCAGCGAACGAUGCAGUCCUGGCCGAUGCGGAAUCCGCCCUUGUAGCGCUAGUUUCGGAGAAAGAAAGCUUACAGCAGGCGCUCGAUGAUGCCCUGAUGUCACAACGCGUGGCUGCCCGCGCUGCAGAGGAGCUGCGGGCGCAGGUGGCCGCGCAGUCCGCCCGGGACGCGGCAGCACAAGAUGCCAAUACCAAGACUGCUGCCAAACAGGCGGCAGCCUUGGCAAGUGGAAACGGUGUUGACCAGCAGCAGCGCAUGAUGAGCUACCUGCAAAGUCUGUCUGAAGCUGACACCACGGGCGGCCCAAUCGAGGGCGUUCACGAUAAUUCCGGUGCUACUACGCCAGCUGCUGCAACCCCGGGGCCCGGGAGGACUACGUCUGCAAUCCUCAGUAUCUCACAAGAAGAGAGCGUACGCAUUACUGUUGAGGGUGCGGUCAACGAUGCCUUCCCGCUCACUUCGUCGAGGAGCAAUAACGGUGUCCUUCAGCCAAUUCCCGGUCUCAAAGAAGCCUCAUCUGUCACGGCGUCCGCGGCAAGCGGCGUGACUAACAUUAUGAGUCCCUCGCCUCGAAGUAGCCUCCUCCAACCCUCCUCACCGCAUGGGAGCACCAUUGGUGAGCUUCAUGAGCAGGCCGACGGAUCCAGCUCAGAGCCAAGCCUCGGGCGUGGAGAUUUGGGUCCAGUGCUACAGUCGGCAGCCAAUCCCCAGUCCUCGGCCGCCAACGCUGCUUGGGGAUCAAACUACAAGGCGACAAGCAAGGUAUCGCCAGAAAACCGUCCGCCCGCCAGCAUUUCAGAGUCCGAGAUCAGCCUUACACCUCAUCCGGAGAUGCACCGUAAUCCGCCGCGUGCUUCUUUCAACCUGGGCCCAUAUAACUCCUUGCCGCCCUCUGCCGCGGCACCACCGUCGCCUUCAGGCAGGGUUUCUCCUGCCGGUGGCAACAUGACAGCCACUGGCUCCGGACCAACCCCCAGCGGAGCGACAGGCUACUCUUUUCCAGCGUUGUCUGCUUCCCGUGGAGCUGAUGCAACUGUAUUUCCACACACGGGGCCGACAUCCGCUUCAGCAGAUGUCGGCUCCACGCUGCAGACCACUGCUUAUCGGUCGCCCACGCGCCAGACACCACCCAGUGACAUUGCAAUGAGCCAUGUAGCUGUUGCAAGUGCCUCACCAACAGGGAACUUGCGACAGCAGCCCAGCAGGUCACAACAACCGACGCCAGCAUCGCAAACAUAUUAUAGACCAGGCACGGCUGACAUGGUGCUGCCAGAUGUGAGUGGUUUCCCAUCGCCCUUCGCGUCCGGCAACGCUGCAGCUGUCAUUUCAUCGCCACGGACUUCAGGGACAGUGGGCACGUCUGCACCUUCAUCUCCACCUAAGGCGCCUGCGUCCCCGCCAGCCAUCGCGCCUGUCGCUUCACCAGGGAACUCGGGGACAGUUGGCAUGGUGGCCUCUACGCUGCCGCCUUCGUCAGCUGCUGGCUUGGAGCCGCUGUCGCGAAGACUUAGCCUUGAGCAGCAGCAGCAGCAGCUUGGUGGCAGUCAUGCGUCCGCUUCUCGGCCUUCCUUCUCGUUGGCAUUCACCAGGCGCACGACAAUCAUGCAGGAGGCCGGCUUGGUCGGCGUCGAAGCCAUUUCAGCACCCGUACAUAUGGUCGAAGAUGCGCAAACGCCACGGCGCACGGGUGACAAGUUUCCUGCCCCUGCCCCGCGUGAAGCGGCCGCGGAUUUUGGCUACCCCAGCUCAGCCCUCCUGGCCCAAGCACCCAGCGAGGAAGACUUAAUGCUAAUAAAGCGGCUGGCAGCCAUGGAUGAGGCCCUGCGGGCGAUUGGGGCCAUUUAA